GGGGUACAAAUAACCACUAGGAACUAGCGGCUACUGUGGCACCAAGCAGAGAAGGAGGUGGUGGUUGCAAACUCAACGGGAAGCUGCUACCUGAGACGUUGGGGGGGCGAGCUGCACUUACGGGCAUGAAGGACCGGCUGACAGAGUUGUCAGCGGUUAAAGGAAAUGAUGAAGAUGGGGAUACAGUGGUUGUUGUUCAGAAGGAACAAUUCAUGGAUGAUUUUUUUCUUCAGGUAGAAGAAAUAAGAAAUUGCAUUGCUAAAAUAGCAGACAAUGUAGAGGAGAUGAAAAAGAAUCACAGCAAAAUUUUAUCGGCACCAAAUCCAGAAGACAAAACAAAGGAAGACCUCGAGAAACUAAAUCAAGAGAUCAAGAACAUUGCCAAUAAUGUCAGAACCAAAUUAAAGUCUAUUGCACAUACAAUUAAUCAGGAUGAGAGUGCCAAAAGAACAUCUGUGAAUUUACGAAUACGAAAAACUCAGCAUACAGUAUUGUCCAGAAAAUUUGGAGAAGUAAUGACCGAGUACAAUGAAACCCAAAUCCAAUUUAGAGAACGCAGUAAAGGCCGAAUACAGCGGCAGCUAGAAAUAACUGGAAAAACAACCACAGAUGAUGAACUGGAAGAAAUGCUGGAGAGUGGGAACCCUUCUAUUUUUACAUCAGAUAUCAUUUCAGAUUCUCAAAUCACCAAGCAAGCACUAAAUGAAAUAGAGUCCCGUCACAGAGACAUCAUAAAGCUUGAGUCCAGCAUACGGGAGCUACAUCAAAUGUUUGUUGAUAUAGCAACAUUGGUGGAGUCCCAGGGUGAAAUGAUAAACAGUAUAGAAAAGAAUGUUGAAAAUGCUGCUGAAUACAUUGAACAUGCCAAAGAAGAAACAAAAAAAGCAGUGAAGUACCAGAGCAGAUCCCGACGGAAAAAAUGGAUUGCUGCCUUUUUAGUGCUGGUGCUGAUUGGCUUAAUUGCCUUGAUUGUUGGUUUGUCAGUUGGCCUUAAAUGAAAGUUGGAAUAUUUCCAUUGUACGUGCACGUCUGCCAAUGCGGCAAAACUGAUCUUUAUAGUUAUCUGUGUAGUCAUCUUGCUGUUGAUCAUUGCAAUCAUCUUGGCAACAACACUCACCUAAGCACAUAUAAGCGCCUCAGGAGACUCGCCAUCCAAGCCAUCCCUUCAAUGGAAUUUUCCACAAAAAUUUCUGAUGGAUACCUUACUUCUACACCUGGGAAAGCAGACUGUUAAAACAUAUCUAAACCAGAUUGGCUUCUUUGUAAUCAGAAGGACAUUUGGGUUUUGUACUUGAAACAGCAGUCAAGAACAACUUUGACUGGGGGGUAACCCUGAACUAAACAUGGUGCUGCUAAUGAAUUUCCACUUUUUAAAGGCAAUGCAGCAGCCCGCCAGCAACUGAACAAUGACUUUUUUUUUUUAUUUUAUUUUAGUAAGGACUCCACUUUAGUCAAAAAGGUUGAGCUAGCUUUGGCACUAAUAGGUAUUGGAAAUGAGAAGGUGAAUGUGCAAUCUUCAACUUAACUAUUUUGUGAUUUAUAUUUUAUUGCGUAUUUGAUUCACUGUUGAAAACUCUGGUAAACAUUUCUACAUUUAGCGCCUUUUAGUCUACAAGUCUAAAGGUUUUUUUAUGUCCAGUUAACCAAAUUGAUAAUGGAUAGAAGCCCCUUUGUAUCUGUUAUUGGCAUACAAGCACUGAUGUAAAGUGCAGGGGUUACAUGGCCCAUAUCAAUGGCAAUAUGGGUAAUAAUUGUCUUAACUAUUUUAAUUACCAAUGUGUUUGUCCAAACAAAACGAAAAAAAUGUGAAUAAUAGUUUUAGGGGGGGGGGGACAUAUUUUUAAGCUGCUGGCUGGGUGGUUCCAGGUAAGUGUGUGCCCAGAUUUUGUUGAAUGUACUUAAAGGAUUAAUCAAGUUAAAAUCAUUGGGGGCUGAGGAAUUUGUUAGGUACACCCCAGUCAUUAUAAUUGCAGUACAGAAAUUGCAGAAGAAUUUCUGUACUGCACAUGCACUCACCCAGGGUUACUACUCAGGGGAGCACUGAGAAAAAGGGGUAAAUUACCAAGGCACACUUUCAACAGAAUGCUUAGCGAUUAUACCGGUAAUUGCUGUUGGGUGCCUAAGAAAUUCUCCCUCCCUGUGAUUUUCGCUGUUGGUUGUCCUGUGUCUAAACUCAAGUGAUAUCUAGGAUUGGGAUCCUGUCUGGCCAGGACCCAGGAUACAGUUGAAUCUGAAUCCUGCAAAAAAAAAAAGGCAGAAUCCCAAACCAGUGAUGUGUGGCGCAUCACUCGCUGUCCUUUUAAGAUUGCUUUUUGAAGUAGCACUAUCUUCAUAUCCGUUUAGUAUCCUUGUCACAGACUUCAGAUGAGGAAUUUGCAUUGCUAAAAGGGUUAAAUCCUAUUCCUUAAUAUCACCACUGCACACUUUUUUUUUUCUCUAAACACAAUUUGCUUAAAAUUAAUUUUAAAAACCUUUGCACAUUUGUGAAGCUAUGUUAUGUGUACCAAAAAUGAUUACAUGGUUAGAAGAACCACGUUUUAACCCUUAAGGUAAACUUCAACCAUAUGCAUGAUGAACGUUUAGAUGGUCAUUUCAUUUCAGAAUUGCCUACAUUUUUUUUCUUUUAGCCAAAACUGCUCUUCAGCUUUAGUCUCUGAACUCACUAAAGCACUGUCUUAAAGGAGAGGGAAAGGUAAAGUAAGCUUUAUCAGAAAGGUCUUUGUAAAUAAGCACUCACAGAAAAGCUGCAUUGAGUCCUCUAUCAAAAGAAACACAGGAUUUCUUGUCUCCUUUUUUGUGAACUUGUUCUUUGGUAUCCGACUUCCUCUCUCAGAAAAAUCCUUUAUUCCCGGGAGGGAGUCUGCCCAGUUCUUUCCUCUUUCCCUUCUCAAGCUCACCACUCCCAUAAGAAUUCACCCCCCCAUCAGAAUGUGUAAUCUGAGCUACCAGCAGCUAGAGCUGCAGCAAAGCUACUGAGACCAAGCUAAAGUGGCAGCUGCUAUCUUAAGCAAACAGAGGGAGUUUCUAAAACUCUUUACUCAGGUAUGUUAAAGCUUUCUGCAGAAUACAUAUAUUGUUCUAUGUGGCACUAAUGUGUCCAAUCUAUUGGCAGUAAAAUGCCAAAAUGCCUUUCCUUCUCCUUUAAGGUACAGGUACAUAUUUACAUUGUAUAAACUUCGGUAAGAAUGAGCUUUCAGCCUGACAACAGAUGUCCUUUUACCAAUACCUUGCAGCCAUUUUAUUCGUUUGGAAGGAUUUAAGCUAAUGUCACACAAGGUGGAUUUUCUACCAUUAGAGAAAUGUCAACAUUUAGGAAAAUCACUGGUGUGGGUGUGUUUCAUCUUGAAAAUGCUCAUUUGAGAGUGUUUGAAAUGUAACUGCUGCACCAGUGGUGAUUUGGAGGUGGCAAGGUCUCAGGCAUAUCUCUGCCAGCUCAUAAGCUUUAGCUUUAAAAGAGACCAGAUUUGAUGUUUUCAGUGUAGAGCCCUAUGUGGACCUUGAUUUUUAUCAGCACUUUAAAAAGGCACUGGGUGUCUUGCAUUACUAGCAGUUGCAUUAUUAUAUAUUUUUUUUUUUACUUUUCAGAUUCAUUAGAAAACAAUUUGUUCUUUAAGAAGGUUUGGGAAAACCGUGCAAUUGUAUCCACAACAUUCCAGUUCAAGGUGGUUUUCCUGUUUGUGUGAAACAUUUUUAGGGAACUGUUAUCAGCAUCUGAGAUAAUACACUGUACUACAGAGCUUGUUGUGAAAGUGUUAUGGCAAAUGGUACAUGCAGCCAUUUUGGGCUUUAAGUGGGCAACCGAUCACCUGUAAUUGCUUCCCAGUAAUCUUAUUGCCUGGACCAAUUUAUUGCAUUGUCAUUGAGAUGAAUAUCAAGCAGUUAUGGGUGCUUUCUUGCCCUCCAGCUGAGCUAAUAAAUGCCUGUCAAAACAACCAGAAUAGCUGUAAGUGCCAUUACCUUUAAUACUAAGUAAAUUUUACUUGGAAUACCUGCCGAGUUUUCUUUCUUUGUUUUUUUUUCUUUUUUUUUAAUAAGUUCAUUAAGUUUAACAACUCAACACUACAUGUGUCUUUUAGCUAAUGCACGUAUUUCUUGUAUAAAGUUAUUUUAAAUGUUGCCCUGCUACUUGCUGUGGAACCCUUUCAACCAGAUACAGAUGGAAUUGGGACAAGUGAAAGAGAUCUAUUUUGUACCAGCAUGAUAUUUGUUUAGGUUGAUAUUGGAAGAUGUGCCUUGUCUAUUUUGGACAAGGCCAAGAAAGCUUUCAGUAGUGCAGCAGUUGCAAGGCUGCUGUUUUCUGCUACCCCACUCUGGGUUGCUGGUGGGGAAAGUCUGGAACUAUUAGGUAUUAAAUAUGCAGACCUUUGCCUUUCUCUGAAGAGCUGUCAACCCCCUCCCCCAUAUUUUCGGGCAUUACCCAAUUUUGGUGCCUCUCCCCCGGUCUCCCAAUACCCCAUAGCAUUCUUGCAAUUUUUCACAAAGUUCUGCACAAAUUCUGGGCGCAAAUGGGCAGUGAUCUCAUCUUAAGCAAUCACACAUGCACAGGUAGCACAUUUUUGGCUCCAGUGGCGACUGCAUGUGCACAUGUCUGAUUUCCGCUGCGUCAUCCCCCAAACAGCGCACUUUACAAGUUGACUGCUCUUUACACUUCUACAUCUAAAAACACAGCAAGUUAAAUGACUCUGUGUGUCAUAUACCUAAGCAGGGUACAUGUUCAAAUGAUAUUGUUAGCACAUGUCUUUUAAAGCAUUGUGUCAGGUCUUUUUGUAGCUGUUCCUUUAAGAAGUCCAGCUGAAGGCCUGCACACUGCAUGCAGCUUUUCUGUGCCCCAAAACUGCCCAACAACUCAGGUUUAUUUCUAUAUUAUUAUAUUUUCUGGGCCCUGAAUAUUGCAGUGCCUAUGCUCUAAAGUGCCUCUCUAUUAUACUGUCAUGCUUUUCCUGGAUUCCUAAGUGCCUCUAGUUAUUUGGGGGUUUUUGUGCAUAUUCAUACUGUACCUAGCAGCAUUUCUGAAUUGAAUAUUGAUUUUGCAGUAAUCCAAUUUGAUUUGCUGUUUUGAAAUUUUCACUAGGUGCCUUUUAUGAUUUACAAGCACUUAUGUGUGGUCUUGGAGCAAAUUUGAUCAUUUGUAGCUACCUAGACAUAAAUACAUUGUACAUAAUACCAAUGAUUCAUCAAUUUUACAAUACGCUGUCUUUGGUGCUUUUGAGUAGUCUGUUACAUUCAUCCUUUGCUCUGGCCAAUUCUUCAGCUAAGGGGAUAGCUGCCUAUGCAAGAGAAGGUAAUGAACUGUUAACAGGUGCAGGGUGACUAUAGUACCUACAUUACAUGCAUAAAAUGCUCCAAGCAGCAUCUUGUUAUGAGCAAUAAGGUAAGCUCAAGGUGAAUCAGGUCAGCUCAGUCUGGCUUGGAAACGUAACCAACACUACUGCUACAUCUAAUGUGGCAAAUGUUUUUAUUGAAACCAAUAUAUACUGAUUUCUAGAAGUAAAAUGUAUUUAAUAUCUGGAAUCAAAUGUUUAGGUAUCAGCAACUGCUGUACAUUCUGUGUUAGUCAGAACAAAGUUUCUGUUCCGUAGCAGGUGUUUUUAUACCUUUUGUUGCCAGUUGGUCAGCAGAAAACUGCCACAGGACCUUGACUAAAAAGUAUAGCAGAACCAUUCAAAUUCACAACAUUCCUAUCCUAACAAAAAGAUCAGGUUAGACCAUUGUGUAAAUAUGUGCCUUUUAUUCCACUGGUUUGAUUUGUUGAGUCUCAGAUUGUAAGAAUUUGACAUUUUAAUGUGGACCCAAUAAUAGCAAUGUCCUGCAUGUAAAAACUAGAACUAGAACAAACUUGAGGUCUUAAUAAGUGAACAAAUGUAAUCUGCAGUUUUGAGGCAGUUUAAGAAAUAUUGGGUUGCUGUUCCUAAUUCAGUUUUGUAAAGGUUCUUUUUUAUGUGUGUUUUAGUAUUUUCUAGUUGAACUUUAAUAGUAACCAAUUUCAUAAUCCAUCGUGCAUACCGGCAUAAUCCUGUUUAGACACUGAAACCUUUGUGAAUAUUUUUAACCCCUUUUUUCAGUAAUAUGUACUAAUACAUUUUCCUAAUAAAACGCACUUUACUUGUGUA